UACGGCUCGUGCCUCAGAGCGUAUUUAUAGAAUUAACGGUCCGAAGAGGAAGAGAGGGGCAGAGGCGGGCAGUUGAGGGGCAGACGGACGCGCUCGGGGUGAAGGUAGUGUGGUAGCCAAGCGGUCCUGCCUUUUUUUGCCUCCAUCCUCUCUCUGUCCUGUCCCUUCUUUAUCCUACUUCUCUCUCUUUCUCCCCCCUCUCUCUCCCACUCUCACUCUCUCUGUCUCUGUGAUGCCGGGCUGUGGGUGAGCGUAUGCCCGUGACCAGACAGAAGCUGGGGAACUUAAAGGUGGUGCGGCGGCAGCUGCUGCAAAGGUAUGAACACCAGCCGUUUGUCUCCUGUCUGGCUGGCCUCUAUGGUUGCCAAUGGAGACGAUACCAAAGAGCCCGGGCGCAACCAGGGGAGUGCUGCUGCAGCAAGGUGGAGUGUGGCAGUUUUGGCCUCCUGAUCCUCACCUUCUUCCUGAGUUUUGUAUUCCUCUAUUUCUGGAGUGAAGCUCAGAACGACUACGACGACUUUGAUUGGUUUAACUUUGGGACUCUUGGUUUCUGGUUUCCCUGGUCUCUGGUGCUGCUGGUUGUUGCUGCUGCUCUCUUCACAUACAUCGCCCUACUAUUGGUGCUGGCUGUGUGUCUGCUUUCUGAGGGUCAGAGGCUUUACCUUCACUGGAGCCACAAGACUGGCAUCGUGGUGACAUUGGCGUUCUCCGUCACAGCCACUGCCAUCCUGUCUGACCUGUGGAGCAAAGAAUGGAAGACUCUUCUUCUCUCUCUGCAGGUGACAGCACCUUUCCUCCAUGUGGCUGCAGUCUCACUAAUGGCAGUUCUUGCCUGGCCAAUAGCGUUACACUUCUUCCGCAUGAACAAAAAAGUGCGCCAGGUGGCUGUCCUUGGUCUUUACCUGUCCAUGCUGUUCUCUCUCUACCUGGUCCCUCUGGGAAUGUACUCGCCCUGCAUUAAAGAAGCAGGAACACUGGGACCAGCCCCGACACUCAUCGGACACAGAGGAGCUCCAAUGCUUGCUCCAGAAAAUACCGUGAUGUCGUUUGAGAAGGCAGUGGAGGCUGGAGGAGAGGGACUGGAGACUGACGUCACCAUCAGUUAUGAUGGUGUUCCCUUCCUGAUGCAUGACUCCACGCUGAAGAGAACCACUAACGUUGCAGAGGUUUUCCCAAAUCGAACGCACCUCGAUGCCUCCAUGUUCACCUGGGCCGAGCUACAGCAGCUGAAUGCUGGCGACUGGUUCUUAUCUAGGGAUCCAUUUGGUACUGCGUCGUCCCUGUCUGAGGGGGACCGCUUGCAGGCCCAGAACCAGUCUAUUCCCUCGCUGGCUCAGUUUCUGGAGGUAGCAGCCCGUAGCGGCAGACUAGUUCUGUUUGACCUGCGUAGGCCACCAUAUGGACAUCCCUACAGUCAGUCAUACAUCAACACCACUCUGCAGGUGGUGCAAGCCCACAUCAACUCCUCACAGGUUCUGUGGCUUCCAUCAGAGGACAGGGAGUUGGUCCAGGCUGUGAACCCAGAGCUGCAGCAGACCUCUGGGAAAAAAGCCUCUAUUCAGGAACUGACAGACGGCCACAUCAUCAGACUGAACCUGCACUACAGCACCAUGUCUCAACAGCAGAUCAGUAAGUACCAGUCAGUGAACAUCAGUACUAACCUGUACGUGAUCAGCCAGCCGUGGCUCUACACUCUGGCCUGGUGUGCCGGAGCUCAGUCCGUAGCCACCAACUCCAUCCACGUCCUGUCCAAUAUACACAAGCCGCUCUUCCUCAUGACUCCAGAGGAAUAUAGUCUGAUGUGGAUUCUGACUGAUGCGGUGUCAGCCUUCCUCAUCAUCGCCAUUUUCAUAUUCCAUUGGUGGAGAGAGAGAGGCCUGCCCUUCUGGUCCGGCAGCCGCCAGACUCAUGAGAACGGACCAUACAGCAAGUUCAGGACGGAGCUGAGUGACGUGUGGUCCAUCUCCAGCGUCCACGUCCGGCCUGAUCUACAGAGCACGCCCAGUUCACCCAGCACCCCUCGCCUGCCCACCAUCACUGAAGAAUGACUGCAGGAGAGAGAGACAUAGAGGUAGACAGAGAAAGAGAGACAGGCAAGACAGAAGGGUACAAAAAGUGAGAGAUGGGAAAAAGGUACUUGUUUAGAGACUGAGCGUUAAAGCCCCUGAAAACUUGUUUUCAAAUCUUAAGCACAUGUCGUUAAAAUUAAACAUUCAUAGCUAAAUGAGCAGCAAUCGAAUCGGAUUAAAAAAUCAUUUUGGUAAUCAUUUACUAAGAGCUAACACUCAAAAACUAUAUGUGGUUUGAUUUUAAUUCAAAUGUGCCGAAUUUGUAAUAUCUUUUUUCCAAUUAAGCCCUGCCCCACUUUAAAAAAAGUGAGAAAACUAAGAGAAAACCAGAAAUGCAGAAAUAUGUCAUUUCAAAUUACCAAAACUGUUCUAUGUUUGGCAGAACUUUGUGUUAAAGUAGGACCUCAUCCCUCACAGUAUGAAGCUGAUUAAGAAAAUUGGGACAAAGUGACCAAGAACAGAACAGAAAAAAAAGGUUAAAGUAAGAGACAGCAGCUCUUCUGUCCUUCUCCCCUUCCUUUGUCAUCCUCUCUCAGUCUGUGGGCUGAACUGAACUGCUGAACCAAACCUCAUUCACUGAUCUGCCACCAGUGACACAAAGAGAGAUUGAGGAGCACCAGUGUCCAUUUCCAUACUAUAAUCUCAGAUGCCAUUAAAAUGCCUGGGCAGUGAGGACAGUUAAACACUAGCCCAGGGGCUGACAUGCUUGAGAACAUUUUCAUCUCCGGUCAAUCAACACCAGCUGAGCUCAACAACGCAAGAUUUCAAAGACACUAAACCUCAAACAAGAAAGAAGAAAACAAUGAAUAUAUUCUGCUGUAGUAACAUAUGAGUCGCUUUCACUCCUACCGUCUCGUGUUUCUAGUUGAUAAAAACCAAAUGUUUGACAGGAAGAGCGGCAGAGAGGCGGUGAAUCUCUGAAGGAGUUAAAGCUGACGGUGAUAAAAAGGGUAACUUCAAAGCAGGAGACAUCCGGACGAUGAUAAUAUGGACUCUGAGUAUCUUCUGUACGAAGUAUAGUUUUUCACUUUCAGCUGUACCGAUAUCAGGAACAUUAGACCAAACCUUAGACCAUGUCAUCGAUUUUAAUCUUUGUAUGUCUUUGAGUUCUUGGAUGCGGUGUAUGAACUGUACGCUGUUUGACGGAAUGAAUGUAAACUUGAGGCUGGAGAAGGAAUUGUUAGUUACUAUUUAUGUUUGUACUAAAGUGAAUGUAUUAUCAAGCGGGGCCAUGUUUCUCAAAAGCAUAUGAGAAAUGUUCCGGCUGGGUCAUUUCACUUUGGCUACAGAUUUGUGCCAAAUGUAGCGUCAGCUGUUCUAAAUAAAGAUUAGAAAAAGAUGCUUUUGAGAAACCGGACCUUGUUCUCUUUUUAUGAGGCAGUGAACACAGCAUCUGCUUUUUCUUCAGAUAUACGCACACAGGACGUACUGGAAGCAUGACUAUACAGUACGUCUGUGCUACAUUGCCCUAACUUAAUCUGAUUUUAGAUCUGAACUCCAAAAGCCAUGAGUUUAGGGGCCUUGACUUUCUGAGUGGUUUUGACAGUUUGCUGCACAGUGUUGGAGAUGAAGCAGGACGUGCUGCAGUAAGUGCCAUUAAAAAAGACUGUGGCUUUCUUUUCAUUGUUUAGAAUCCAAAUCACUUUGUCCACCCAGCACGGUAAAUGUACAGGAAUUCAUUUAGAAAAUCCAACAAUAAUUUCUGACAGAUCUCCUUGGAGGCACAUCAUCUGCAGGUAUCGAUUGCAAUGAAUAAGUGGAACACGGUUCACAGUGGGCUGCUCAUUACAUUUUUUUAAGCUACAGUCUGAAUGAUUUCACCCAACUAACCUUUCAUUUAGCAUUUAAUCUCUGAUUCUGAAUCAUUCUGAGACUCAAAUAUUGGACUUUUAAGUUCAGGAUUUGGUUGGAUUUUUGCCAUUGGUCUCAGGUAGACUUGAGGUUGCCCUGUCUUUGUGUGUCCUGGACCAUGCUUUGGUCUCAUGUUGGACUCUCACAGGCCUGGCUGUGGUCUACUUGAGGUUGUACUGUACAGUACCGGUACAAGUUUCUGGACUAUUUAUUUUGUCCUAAAUAAUGCAAUACAAGACCUCUGAAUGAGAUUGUAAUCAAUGUAUUUCCUGCUCCUAAAGUCAGAAAAAUAAAAAAUGAAACAGUGCUAAUACAAUCUAGAACUUAAGGUACAAACUUAAAUCAUUACUGCACAGAAUCAAAUGACUGUCUAAGACUGCAAAUGCAACCAAGCAACUUCAUGUACUGUAUUGUAUUGUAAUAUGAAUAAGCGGUUGGCAUUUAGUUUAGCUGUAUUAGCGUUCCUGUUGGGUAGGCUAAGCAUUUUAGCUACAGUUAACUAUCACUAUAGCUGCCCAGCCAUAAUUAUUCUAUUAAAUAUGAUGUUUCCCACCAUAAGACUGAGCGAGUCUGGUGUCAAUGCAGCACUGCCUUCGAGGUGCGUUGGAUUUCCAGCUUUGCGUGUGUUGGGGUUUAUCCAACCUUUGUUGUAUAGAUGCUUUCUUGAAGUGAUACUCAACCCAAAAUCUAUCGUAGCUCAGCUCGUGCGGACUUCAAUGGUGACUCAAGUGGUUUCAGGUUUUCAGUUGAAACCAUCCU